GUGAGGUGAUUGAUGUCCAGAACUUAGACAACUUUCUAGUAAGCGAAGGGAUUGAGCUCACGGAAGAAGAAAUGAAGGAAUUGAUGCCUCAUUUGAAAUUUAAUGGAAAUGGAAAGAUUAAUGUUAAGUCAAUAAUGGAGGGCCUGAAGAAGUUUAAACCAAAAGGAAUGGCGACUCUGCAUAAGCUGAAAACUGCAAAUGAUAUUAAAGACAGAGUCACUGGCCACAUGGCAGUUUCAGAAAUUAAACCAAAAUUUAAGCUGAAUCCUCUAACAAAGGUACCCAUCUCCCACAGUAAAAGGGAUAGAGACUUACCAGGAUCUCUUCAAUGCCAAUUACAACACAAAGAAAAGAAGCUAAGUGCUUCACAAAUGGCAGCUUUCCAAGAUGCCUACAACUUCUUCAACAAGGACAAAACUGGCUGUAUUGAUUUCCAUGGACUGAUGUGCACUGUAGCUAAGCUGGGAAUGAAUCUAACCAAGCAUGAUGUCUAUAAUGAAUUGAAAUGUGCUGAUAUUGAUCGAGAUGGGAAGGUGAACUUCUCAGACUUUAUCAAGGUGCUAACAGAUAAGAAUCUCUUCCUCAAGGCAGUGGUUCCAGAAAAGGAGACCUGUUUAGAUUUAGCUGGCAACCCAGGAAUCCUAUUGUUUGAAAUCCUAUCAAAGCUUCUAGAGACUUCAGCCCUACCCAAAAAGUCUAUACUAGAAAUAGUAAGCUAUUUCCAAAGAAAAUUCCAGCAUACUGGCCCAGGAAUGUUGUGGAGUCCCUACACUAUGGGCUAUGGAAAAAGGACACUUAAGCCAGACAUAUGCACACCUCCAAGCUCAAGCAUGGCUGCCUUUGCUAAUGCUGCCCGGAUUGCAAUAAUGAAAGAAAAGGAUUUAUUUAAAUUUCUUGAAGAGCUCAAGAGAUGCAAUUCCCAUUCAGAUAGCCCAUAUUCAAAAAUACCCAUCUUUCCAUUGUUCCCUAAUGUGGAUGGGGUGGUGAUGGGAAAGCCAUUCAAAGACAUGCAGAAAUUAGAGAUGCUAAGAAGAAAGGAGCCUUUGAAUUUCUUUGAGGAUUAUUUUUUCCAUAAAAGAGACUGGAAAACACAGGCAGCAAAUAUAAAGUCUAUGGACCCUGCCUCAGGUUAUUCAAAUAACAUCACCAUUGAUCAAAUACUCAAGAAAAAGCAGACUUGUACAGUGGCUGAUGAAACUGCUAUUAAACAACACGUGAAGAGAGCUACUGAUACCUAUAAUUUUGGAAUUGCCCUUGAACACCGGAAAGAAAUGCUAAACCUCUGGCAGAAGAUCCGAGGGGAUUUGAUUGGCAUAGACUCUAGAAAUGAGUCCUUUUAUGACACCUUUUCUACUUAUACAUGGUCCUGGAAUGUUUGCCAAGAACUACUUUCUCCUAAGGACUUAAGGUUAUAUGAUGCCUAUGUGAAUAGAAAUUCCUCCCAUAACUCCAGAUCCUUUUCCUCAUCAGAUACCAGUGAAUGUGACACAGACUCAGGAAGAAAAAGAAAACGGAAAGGUUUAAAGGGAUUUCAGUAAUGAAAUUUCUACAUUUUCUAAACAGCUCAUCA